AGCUUGUUUACAAAAUGGCGAUAAAAAGACAGCUAAUUUCACUUCAAACGAGCAGCAGUCAGCAGGUACAAUGUCCGUACUUGUUAUCAUCUUACCCAUAUUAUUAAUUACAUUGCUUCUAAUAAUAUUUGGAAUCAUCUGUCUAUGGAAAAGAAGGAAAAGCAAAGCAGAAAAGUCAAGGGAGGCUGAAUGUGAAGAAAAGUUGCCAUUGUUGCAAAGACAUGAAAUCCUUAUCGAAUCUGAAAAAAUCGAAAAGUAUUUAAAUGGUGAUGUUUUUGUAAAUACCGAGAAGUAUGAAGAAGCAAUCGGUGUAUUCGAAACAAAAGGAUGGGUCACACUUGUUGGACCCCCUGGUUCCGGUAAGACUAUGACUGCCAUUAAACUUGGAAGAGAUAACUCCGCUUCGGGAAAUAAAAGUAUUCCGUUUUGUCAAAAUAUACAUGAUGUACCUAAAUUCGUAAAUGAAAAAGAAGAGCCUUGUAUUAUAAUGGACAACCUUAUAGAACACUCGUAUAUGAAUCACUCCUCAAAACUGUUGCAGGACAUAUCCACGUUUAAUGACGUAUUUGAUAAAUAUAUAAAAAACGGUUUGGUACAUGUAAUAAUCACCAUUGGAAAAGAAGCAUGGAAUGAAUUAAAAGAUUUUCUUGGAUCUCACAUUGAACUCUUUAAAUCCGGAAUAGUGGAGGGAAUAGGCGAGAGGUUUAAUGAAGACGAAACAGAAUCAAUGAUAGCACAUCAUUUAAGGAUAAAUAAAAAUAACGAAAAAACUAGCACUGUCAACAAUAUUGUCAUCAAUAUCAAUGUGGAUUCCAUAUUCUCAUUGCCGAUUUCUAUUGACUUAUUGUGCGCAAAUAGAACCUUGCUUGGAGAGCAGAAAGACUCUAAACCUGUUAAAUUCAAAUACCGAAUGGAAAUGUAUUUAAAAAACUGGAGAGAUUCUGAUGACGAAGUUGAUAAGAAAAGUUUUUGUUUUGUUUUCUUUGUUGCCUUGUGUGGAGGUAUUUUGUCAAUGGAUGAUUUUGAGAGCGAUUCCAAAAAGCACAUUUAUAUCAAUGUAUGUAAAGCAUUUAACGUGGAACCUUAUGCGCGAAACGAAAUUGAGAGCAUGAUAUCGAUGGAAGGAAACCGUCGUGUCCCUGGAUUUCUUUAUCUUAUGUCAGAGACUCCUAAUAGAACGUACGGUUUUCAUCAUGAAUCUCUUCUUGACUUCUUUCUGGCCACUUUAUGUAAAGAUGAACACCAGCCACUUUUUAUUGAAAAUGCAAACAUUGCAUACAUCAUGAGGAAAUGUAAACUGUCUAAUUAUUAUUAUGAGAGUUCUUUAUCUUACGUACGUAAAAUUCUUAAAUAUUGGCAUCUAGAAGAUAGAUUAGAAAUACAGGACAAUCAUAUUGGGAAGUUGCUGGACAGAAUCAUCAGAGAAAUUAAACAAGGAACUAUGACUCUGGACUGGAAAGAUCAUAUUUUCAUGGAGCAUGUAUCUUUUAAAAGAGAAUGGCGAAAAAAAUAAAAUUCUUAUCUGUGUAGCUUAAUGGUGAUAAUAGCUCCAGAAAUGAUAUAUCUGACAUUAAAAUAUUAAGUGAUUUUAACAAAGACUAAUCUUAGCAAGUCUUUUCACAAUCUUUCCGAAGUCUAACGGAUACUAGUUUCGCCCCGUUAUUUGCAGACUUGUAUUUCUGUAUUCUGUAUAUAUUCGUUUUGUUAAUG